AACAACAACGAAAUCAGAUAAGCAAGAUCACUUCAUAGGAUCGUAAGUGAACGUGCUGUGAGCCUGCAGGGUGAACAACAUCAACAAGAACAGCUACAGUAGCUACUACCCACCUCUGAUGCCCCAUGUGCCACUGCCGCCGCGCGCGCAGCCAACUACAGUCCUCAUCCUGUGGACAAGCUCAAACUGAACACCGCCGUCGUCAACCAGACCGUGAGCACUUUCUGCUCCUAAAAUGAAUUCAUUCAGCGACAUUUAAACACCUUCACACCGCAGACAUUUUUGUUGGAAGCCACCACGGCUGUGGGUUUAGUUCGUAUGUCAGCCUGGCGGCGGUGCGGGCAGGGACUGCCUGCCUGCCCUAAAUGAACGUUCCGGGGUCUGGAGAAUGGAAAGCGGACGACCCGGGCUGCUAGCAACUACUCGGACUCUGAAAAUACCGAAGACACCUGGAAGGAGUGAACGGCAGCGUUUACGGUAACCUGCCUUCCUCCGCAGAGAAGAGAAGAGAGUUGUUUGGCCAUUUCUACGAGAGCAACACUUUGAAGACGAACUUCCCAGUCGCCGUCGACUCGAUGCUGGCCGGGAGCUGCUGGGCUCGAGGAGUGAGGAGAUGCGCGGUGUAACAUGGAUAUCCGAGAAGGGAUACACAUCAGCAAGCAUCGCAGGGGACGUACUCAGAAGAAUGGUGAAAUUGCUGUAAAGGACAAAGCCAAGAUUCUACGCACCUGUGAUUUGAUGUGAGCUGGUAUUGACCUGAGACCAUUAAAAUGGAGUUGCUAUGGAAACUUAUACUUCUGCUGUCAUUGGUGGAGUGUCUGGAAGGAAGCGGAGUCCUGCUGAGGCCUGAGUUCACCAAACAACCCGGCAGUGUGGUGUUUCCCCUUCAACCUGGCGAGAACCGCAGAGAGGUGGUGUUUAGCUGUGAGGCUCAAGGACAUCCACCGCCCUUUUACAGGUGGAAGCUCAACGACUCUUUCAUCCUGCCCAGACCAGGGUCCCACUACUCUCUUAUGGGAGGAAACUUACGCAUCAGCCAUCUGAAUAAAGAGGAAGAUGUUGGCAUCUAUCAGUGCCUGGCAUCAAACUCUUUUGGCACCAUCGUCAGCAGAGAGGCCAGUCUGCACAUUGCAUAUUUGGAGAACUUCAAGACCCAGAGAAGAAGUCCAGUGAGGGUCCGUGAAGGUCAAGGAGUGGUCCUACUGUGUGGCCCACCACCCCACACCGGAGAACUUACCUUCACAUGGAUCUUCAACGAGUACCCAUCGUUUGUCAUACAGGACACGCGACGAUUUGUGUCCCAGAAGACAGGUAACCUCUACAUCGCCAAAGUGGAACCCUCUGAUGUGGGCAACUACACUUGUGUAGUUACCAACACGGUCACCAAAAGCAGUGUUCAAGGACCACCAACUCCUCUAGUGCUGCGGGUUGAUGGUGUGAUGGGCGAAUACGAGCCAAAGAUCGAAGUGCAGUUCCCUGAAGUUGUCCCUGUUGCUAAGAGCUCAACUGUCAAACUGGAAUGUUUUGCACUUGGAAACCCAGUGCCAACCAUCAGCUGGAGAAGAGCGGACGGAGCCUCUUUUGGCAGGAAGGUGGACAUAAAUAAAGCCAGCGGAGUUUUAGAAAUCCCUUACUUCCAGCAGGAGGAUGCAGGAGUAUAUGAAUGUGUGGCUGAAAACACCAGAGGAAGAAACUCUGCAAAAGGAAAACUGUCUUUCUAUGCUGCACCUCACUUGACUGAGAAGCCUCAAGAUGUUCAGAUGACCAUUGAUGAUACUCUGGUGUGGGAGUGCAAAGCCAGCGCCAAGCCCAAACCUUCAUACCUCUGGCUGAAGAACGGAGAGCCUCUGGACCCCAUGGAGCAUGAUAGGGUUCAGGUGAAUAAUGGAGUGCUGACGAUCAGUAGCUUAAAUCUGGCGGACAUCGGCAUGUACCAGUGCGUGGCAGAGAACAAGCAUGGCCGAAUCUUCGCCAACGCCGAGCUCCGAGUCAUAGCCAUCGCUCCAGACUUCUCCCAGAACUUGUUGAAGGCCCAAACUCUGGCCCGACAGGGUGGCGACGUUCUGAUCGAAUGCAAGCCCAAGAUGUCUCCCCGGGGUGUGAUUUCUUGGAGGAAGGGGAAGGAAGCCCUAAGAGAGAACUACAGAGUUACUGUGUUGGAUAAUGGCAGCCUACGGAUUUCCAAUGUUACAAAAAUGGAUGCUGGACUCUACACAUGUGUAGCCAGAAACCAGUUUGGAGUAGCCAGCAGUGCUGGCAGCCUAUUGGUUAAAGAGCCAACUUUGAUCACCAGUCCAGCAGGUCAUCUGGACGUAACCGUAGGUGAGAGCAUUGUGCUGCCCUGCCAAGUGUCUCAUGACCCCACACUGGACCUCAAGUUCACCUGGUUCUUCAACGAGCAGCUUAUCCACUUUGGAAGCUACUGGGCGUACUUUGAAAAAGUCGGUGGGCGCUCAGCUGGAGACAUCAUGAUCCGGAACAUUCAACUGAGGCAUGCUGGGAAAUAUACGUGUGCCGUUCAGACCAAGGUGGACAGUGUGUCUAUUGCCACUGAUGUGGUAGUCAGAGGUCCCCCAGGCCCCCCUGUGGACUGUCAGGUGACUGAUAUGACAGAGACCACUGCUUCUCUGUCCUGGGGACCCGGGAUGGACAACCACAGCCCCAUCCUCAGCUACACCAUCCAGGCCAGAACACCCUUCUCUCUCGGGUGGCAAGCUGUAACCACCGUUCCAGAGCUGCUCGGGGGAAAGCAGCUGUCAUCCACUGUCAUUGACUUGAGUCCCUGGGUGGAGUACGAGUUCAGAGUUCUGGCAACCAACAGCAUAGGAACAGGAGAGCCCAGUAAACCUUCCAAAAAGGCCCGCACCAAAGAAAUGCUUCCCAGGGUGACUCCGGCCAGAGUGAACGGUGGUGGUGGAGGACGUUCAGAGCUGGUCAUCACGUGGGAGCCUGUUCCUGAGGAGCUGCAGAGCGGUCCGGGCUUUGGCUACGUGGUGGCUUUCCGCCCACUCGGGGCGCAGGGCUGGAUGCAGGCUGCUGUCACGUCCCCGGAUGCCUCUAGAUAUGUCUUCAAGAAUGAGAGCAUCCCUCCUUUCUCCCCUUACCAAGUCAAAGUGGGGGUUUACAACAACAGAGGAGAAGGCCCUUUUAGUCCAGUGACCACCAUCUACUCAGCAGAGGAAGAGCCCAGCAGAGCUCCAGGGAGGCUGAGGGCAAAGAGUGUGUCAGCGUCCGAAGUGGAGGUCACCUGGAAGCCGCUGGCCUGGAGCAACAACCGCAGACGCAUCCUGGGCUAUGAGUUGCAGUACUGGGGUGAGAGGACUAAACAGGACACAGCCAGUGUGAUCAGGACAGUAGGGAAUAAAACGUCAGUACUCAUCAGGAAUCUGGAGGGCAGAAGCACCUAUCACAUGUCCCUGCGGGCCUAUAACAGUGCUGGAGUGGGUCCACAGAGCAUCAUAGUCAAUGUCACAACCAAGAAACCACCACCCAGUCAAGCCCCGGUCAAAAUCAUGUGGAACACUUCCAACUCCAAGGUCAUCCUGAGGUGGGACCAAGUGCACGCUCUGGAGAAUGAGUCAGAAGUCACAGGAUAUAAGGUGAUGUACAGCCAGGACAAAAACAGCCGUCCCAGUGUGGUGGAGACCAACACCACCUCCUUGGAGUUGUCACUGCCGGUCAACCAGGACUACGUUAUCCAGAUUAAACCCUUCAGUGAGGGGGGGGAAGGCAGCAGCAGCCGCCAGAUUACCAUCCCCAAGAUGGCAGGCUUCAUAGCCACGGGAGCAGCCCCAGAGUCUUCUGCAUUUCCCUUGGUCAACCUCGCAGCAUUAAUCCUCACAGCCAGGACUGUACUAUGACAAACAUCUGCAUCAACCAGGCGCUACAGCUGCUUAUUAAGAGGAGAAAACAGCUGGUCAGAGACAACAAGAGACUGACAGCCGCAUUUCCACCUGCUCCCUCCCCUACUCUUUUCUCUUCUUUCUACAAAGAUCUCUUUGUAAGGAAUUUUUUUCCCUCCACAUUUUAAAAGGAAUUGAAAGGAACUGGCUUUUUCAGUAGUUGCUUUUCUGGAAGUGAAAGGACACCGUGACUCGACUGCAGUCUCUUUGAAGAUGUUUCUUUCUUUGCUCCCUUCUGACCAGUGGAUAUUCUCAUAUGGUUUUAAGCUUGAAGGCCCAGUGGUGUGUGAUGCACAAUGUCUUUUUCUGUGGGACUGUGCAGGUUCGGUUAAACGGAUAUUGUAUGUACCUCUGGACUUUUCUUGGAUGCUGGGAUUAGAACUGGGGAUGGAGGAGACCUUACAUAACUCAUUAUAAUGUGAGUGAAGUUAUAUUUUGACUUGGUUUAAGACAAGAAACGUUUUUUCCCUCUUCUCUUUGGGAAACUUGCUGCAUUGUCUAAGAAGAAAAACCAACUGUUAAGCUAAGUCUCAUUGCUUGAUGACAAACCAACCAUUUGGGACCUUUGUAACUUUGCCUGGAUUUUAUUCAUGCUUUUAUGUUACACCACAUUACAUCGAAACCUCAAGAGUUGCCAUGAAACUGACUUUAACCAAAGGUAUUGAGCCAACAAGGUUCAGUUCCACCUGUUGUAUCAUUGUGAAAAAAAUGCAGUGUGUACACCCUCUAUAUGGCUUCCGUUGUAAACAGCAGACUUGUGUUGAUUAAUUGUUGUCUUACCUUCCUCCCUCACCCAUGAUAAGUGUGUAACAAAGGCACGCUGAGCCACAUUGGUGUACACUGUAUGUAUGAAAUCCUCAGGUCCCAAAUGAGCCUUAAGUCUUAUGAUUAUUAUCCAUGUUGUUAUUAUUCAAGAGUUAUUAUUUAUUUUCCUCCUCUGUUUAUCCGCAUUUUAUUUUGGCUCACUCAUACCGUAAUUUAUGAAUAACUGAUCUUACUGUACGCUGUAUGUUGAGAUUCUUCACUUUUGUUACUUUUUAGAUCAUAUUUUCUUGGGCUCAGAAACAUGCCUUUCUCCUAUGUCUUUCAUAAUGAGCAUUGUAAUACAGUACAAGUGGCAGUAAUUACUGACUUUUCUAUCAUAGCUUAUUACAAAGUAGGGAUGGUAUUUUACUGUCAGCUGCUGUUUGGCAUGAGAUUGGUCAGUGUACGUACCUACGUUGCUUAGGAUGUCUGAAUGGAUCAACCUGCUUUUAAUAAACAUAAUGCCAUUUUCCUCA